UUGAUAUGCUAAAAUGUAUAAUUAGAUAAUCUCUGGCUUAUAUUGAUGCUUGACGCAUUUAUCCUUGUAGCACGAACUCGGAUUAUCACUCUUCAUGCAAUGCAUUUUUAUGCAAGAUGAAGGUUACGUUAAGUCUGACCCGUAAGAUAACGUUCUCGAGAAAGUUCAUUUUAAAAGGAGUAAACAGGCUUUGUUAGAUUCUCAUAGAAGUAACAUGUUUUUAAUAGUGUGCGCAUUGUUUGCAGGAUCAAUUGCCCUAACCCUGGAGCCCCGAGAGUUGCCAACAAAUAUGACGACUUUGCCUACGUGGCAGAGCCAUUGCCAUCAAACAUCGGGAUUAGGGACGCCCGGAAAUUUUCCAGAGGGCACUCAUACGUUGGCAUUCGAGGGGAAAUAUAGCGACCUGUUUUCGUCAUGGACAAGGGUUGUUAGGUGCGGCAAUCCUCCCUCUGAGGCGAAUGGACACUUUGAAUGCCUCGACGAUAGAUGGGGUUCUGUGUGUGAGUUAAGGUGUUAUAAUGGCUACCAACCAGUUGGCGGCGGAACAGAACCAAUGGAAUGCCAUCGUCCAGAUCCAAAUGGCACAUUGGGCGAAUGGAGAAAUGUGCGCCGUUGUGAACCUAUUCCAUAGAUGAGAAAAAUAUCACCGCAAAAAACAAGUCUCGAUGGUAAAAUAUUAUAUUAUAUGAGAAAUAAAAUUUGGUUUAGAAUUGUCUGACAUUCUC